UGAGCUGGAGAAGUUUAAGAAAAUAUUACAAAAAGAGAACAUGCAAUUCUUUGUGGAGGACUUUAAUAAGAAUAGAUGCAGUAUCAAUGAAAUGGCUCUCGAUCUCACUCUCUACUUCUUGAGAGAUAUGAAGCAAGAUGUAGCUGCUGAUACUCUAGAAGAUGAGCUGCUCUUCAUUCAUCAACUAAAAAGUAACCUAAAGAAUCAGUAUCAAUGUGUGUUUGAAGGAAUUGCAAAGCAAGGUGACUCUACACUUCUGAAUAACAUCUACACAGAUCUCUAUAUCACUCAGGGUGGUCGUGAACAUGUUAAUACUGAACAUGAGGUAAGACAGAUUGAAGUUACUUCCAGGCAUCAAGAAUCACAAGAGAUACAGGUAGAAUGCACAAAGAUGUUUCAAGCUUCUGAACAAGACAAGCAGAUCAGAACUGUACUGACAAAAGGAGUUGCUGGUAUCGGAAAAUCAAUCUCUGUGCAAAAGUUUGUUCUGGAUUGGGCUGAAGGAAAAGGAAAUCAAGAUAUCAGCUUCAUAUUUCCUCUUCCUUUUAGAGAGUUGAACGUAAAGGAGAAAGAAAUACAAAGUUUGACCAGUAUUAUAAGUCAGUUUUUCCCAGAAAUAAAAACACUGAACCUUAAAAGAAGGAACUAUUUCAAAGUCCUGUUUGUCCUUGAUGGUUUGGAUGAAUGUCGUCUUCCUCUAAACUUUGAUGGUAAUGAAACAUGGCAUGAUCUAUCUUUACCAGCCUCUCUGGAUGUUCUUCUAACAAACCUCAUCAAGGGAAAUCUGCUUCCUUCUGCUCUCAUCUGGAUCACAACUAGACCAGCAGCUGCCAGUAAGAUUCCUCCUAACUGUAUUGACCAGGUUACAGAGGUUAGAGGAUUCAAUGAUGCACAAAAAGAAGAAUACUUCAAAAAAAGAUUCACUGAUCAGAAUCUGGCCAGUGGAAUCAUUGAUCAUGUUAAACAAUCAAAGAGUCUUUUUAUCAUGUGCUACAUCCCAGUGUUCUGCUGGAUUUCAGCCACUGUUCUCCAGAACAUUUUGGAAGAGAGAAUAAAUAAUGAUCUGAAAAACAAUCAGGUCGAUGAUGCCUCCAAAACACUGCAGGAAUCAAAUACUGAAGACAUUCCCAAGACUCUGACACAAAUGUACACACACUUUCUUCGCUUUCAAAUUCAGCAAAGCAGACGAAAAUAUGAUGGAGAAUACACACCAGGUGUUUCCUGGGAUAAAGAUGCCAUCCUUUCACUGGGAAAACUUGCAUUUCAUCAGCUGGAAAGAAACAAUCUGAUCUUCUAUGACACAGACCUGGAAGCCUAUGGUAUUGACGUAUCUAAAGCAUCAGUGUAUUCAGGCAUGUGUACCCAGAUCUUUAAAGAGGAAACAGGGAUCAUUCUUGGUACCAUGUACUGUUUUGUUCACUUGAGCAUUCAAGAGUUCAUUGCAGCCCUUUAUGCACAUUUGUUUCUAGGAAUCAACAAGAAAAGUGUAUUUUUUCAAGACUCUACAGAACAGGAAAAAAACAAUGAAGCCAUGAUUGAUUUGCUAAAGACUGCAGUGGACAAGGCACUCGAGAGUGACAAUGGACACCUGGAUCUUUUUCUUCGUUUCCUCCUUGGUAUGUCACUCCAGUCUAAUCGUCUACUUUUAAGAGGUCUUUUAACACAGCAAGAUGGCAUUGACCAGAGCAAAAUGGAAGUAGUUAAGUACAUCAAGCAGAAACUAGAGGAUAAUCUGUCUCCAGAGAGAUCCAUCAAUCUGUUCUACUGUCUGAAUGAACUGAAUGAUCAAACUCUGGUGAAAGAGAUUCAGACUCAACUUAGUGAAGGAAGUCUCUCAACUUCUGAUCUUUCACCUGCCCAGUGGUCUGCUUUGGCCUUUGUGUUGUUAACAUCAGAGGAGGAGAUGGAGGAUUUUGAGCUUCAGAAAUUCAAGAAAUCAGACGAGUGUCUCAUUAGAUUAUCGGCAGUCAUCAAAACUACCAAAAGAGCUUUGCUAAAUGAUUGUAACCUAACAGACAAAAGUUGUCCAGCUCUGGCUACAGUUCUUGGAUCAGAUAGCAGUCUGAAAGAGCUGAACAUGAACAAUAAUAAUCUGCAGGAUUCAGGAGUAAAGUGUCUCUGCAUUGGGCUGAAGAAUGUCACUUGCAAAUUAGAGAUACUGAGGUCCUACCACAGAAUUUCAAUGGGGUUUAACCUCUUAGCCAGCACCCCACACUCUGACGCACCUGUCAGCUGA